GCUUUUACAUUCCUCACAUUAUUUCUUCUCAAUAACUCAUACUAUUUUGCUAUUCUAUUACUGUCAUUACUACUCUUUUUUUUUUUCUGUGUGUUUUCAAGUAUACCCUUUUGCUAGCAAGGGCUUUUGCUACUACUGUGAUUUUAUUGCAGAACUUUGACUUUGGUUGUUCUGCAUAGUGGUUGAAAAACUACACCUGGAUUCUAAGUUAGGCGUGGUUGCCUCUGCAAAUCCUCAUUAUAUCGCUCCGUUUGUACUUCCCUUGCUAGAGAGUGUAGUCCUCCUAAAUCUCCCACUUCCCAAAGUUAGAAGAAAAGAAAUCCAUGCAAACCGAGAGAUAAAACAUAUAUAUAACAAGCAUCUGCAAUGGGUUCUGGAUACUGGCUUAAAAAGGUAAUCUGUUUGAGAAAAGCAAAAGAUGGCAGAUCGAAAAGAUUAAAGGGAACUUCUAUUGGACGCAAGGAGGAUGAACACUCUCAGAAAGAGCCUUCAAGAAGAACAAAUGGUGCCUCUGUCAAAAAGCACAGAGAAAUGGGAAUUCCUUCUGAAGAUAACGCAGCCAUAAGGAUUCAGACAGCUUUCCGUGCAUAUAUGGCAAGGAAAACUUUGCGUCGCUUGAAACGGAUAUCAAGGUUACGUUCGAUGACACAAGGCGCUUCUGUGAAAAAACAGGCUUCGACAACCUUGAGCGCUCUCCAUUCAUGGAACAGGAUACAAGCUGAGAUUAGAGCUUGUCGAGUUCGUAUGGUCAUAGAAGGACGUCUUAAGCAGAAGAAACUGGAGAAUCAAUUGAAGCUAGAGGCAAAGCUUCAUAACUUAGAGGUAGAGUGGAGUGGUGGCCCUGAAACAAUGGAAGUGGUUCUAUCAAGGAUACAUCAGAGAGAAGAAGCAGCAGUGAAGCGGGAACGAACUAUGGCAUAUGCAUUUUCUCAUCAGUGGAGAGCCAAUUCCAACCCAAUGUUUGGAUCAAGUAUCCAUGAUUUAGGCAAAGCUAAUUGGGGCUGGAGCUGGAAAGAUCGCUGGAUCGCUGCUCGACCAUGGGAAAGCCGAAUCCCUGUUCAAUCAAGUCCAAAAAUUGCCAAUAGAACAGCAAGCAAGACUCCUAAAAGUUAUAAAACUCAAACAACAAAAACACCAGUUUCUGUUAAAUCAACUUCUGCCAAUCGGAAACGUGCUAUGAAGCCUCGAAAGCUAUCAUACGAAGCAGCUGAUAAACUAACUGCACAGAAAGGGAUCAACAAAGUUGAAACAAGCAUUGACAAACAGGAAGUGGCAUCUUAGAAGCUAUUGAAAGCAAGAUGAUAUUUUCAACAUAAGACGCGUUUCUACAGUUCCGAUGAAGAUCAAAUGAUGCUGAAAAACUUGAAGUUGGAUAUGUCUCUGAACAGUGAAGUGAAGUUUGCCAGUUUUUCGUUUAAAUUUCCGAGCUCUUCCAAGCUUAUGUAUAUGAAAGAAAAAAAAAGUUUUUCAUUGGUUAUAAUGUGUAUAGAUAAAGUAUUUCUGUUUAUAGGUUCAUAGCUCAGAAUAUUCAAGCUUGAGUGUUCCUUUUUAGUGUGUUUGUUGCCAAUUUUUUUUCUCAGAACUUCUGUGUUGUACAAAAUGUAAAAGAUAUUGCAGAGUGUUUUUGGUUAUAGUAACAUCUUAUUGCUUGGUAAUACUUUA